UCGAUUGACGUGAAUUUGGGGAGCAAAGCAGACUCCCCUGAUCGAGCUAACUAGUAAGCUGGCCACAGCCAUAACGCCGAGUGUCACUGUGAUUUUUUUGGGUACAAGUUGUCGAAAAAAAGCAAAACUUUCCCGUCGAUUUAGCUCUGCGAUACAAAGGGGAGAGUAGAGCGAAUGAUGUGCUUAUAUUCUUGAUAGUCGCUUUAUUGCCGAUCCCGCUGAGUUGAUAAUGCUUAAAAUGAAGCUGCCCGGGAGAACGGCGGAGGAAGGGGGGAUGGCCGAGGACGAGCAGGACGGGACCGGCGGCGGGCUGCACAUCCCAGGAUCGGCUCCGCACACGCCUUCCAACAGGUCGGAGGACGCCGCACGGACGCUCGGAUGCCCCCUGCUCCAGCUGGAUAAGGAGGCGGUCUUCGAGUGGUUCGGCUUGCACCUGAGUCCAGCCAGGCGGAUCGAGUUCAUGUGCGGGCUGCUGCACAUGUGCCAGCCGCUGGAACUGCGAUUCUUGGGCUCUUGCCUGGAGGACCUGGCGCGGAAGGACUUCCACGUCCUCCGGGACUUCGAGAUCAGGGCGAACAGCCCGAGCGAGCUGGGCCUCCUGGCGGACAUUGGCGAGCCGGUGGUGCGAUCCAAGCUGCUGGUCUCCCUCUCCCUCCUGGGUUCCGAGAACCGGGAGUGCGCUGGGAUACUCUUCCGCAUUUUGAGCCAUGUGGAUUCGGCGCUGAGCACUAGAAGCUACGGCCUGCCCGUUCCGUCCCGCCGGGACUCCCAGCAUUUCGACGCGGGCAGAACGGAGCCCUGCUGCGGGCCUAAGCCGGAGGCGGGGUACGGUGCCCCGGAGCAGCUGGCGCUGCUUUUUACCAUGGCCUCCCUGCACCCGGCCUUCCCGUUUCACCAGAGGGAGACUAUCAGGGUUCAGCUGGAAAAAGUGGAGAAAGUGAUGGAAGAGGAAAGGAGAGACCACCAGCACGGUGCCAGCGCUCGGAACAAGCUUCCAAAACGGGAUUACCUCUCCCCCGGCACCGAGACCAAAAUGACCAGCAGAGCUCAGUCACCCAGACCUGGCCAGCCUCCGGCAAGGAGCUUCCAAAAAGAAGCCGUGUACAUCGAGAAGAUCGUGCUGAGGGGGGUGUCGCGCAGCAGGACCGAGAGGGAGUACAGCUUUGUGUUGAAGUGGUCUGAUUCCACAUCAAGCAACGUAACGAAAACUCAUCUCCAACUGGAGAACUUCUUGUUAAAGUUUCCAAAGGAGCAGGCUGUGGACUCCUUUGAGAAGGCCAUCCUGAGGUUACUGAGCCAGGGGGACGUGCUGGAGGGCAGGGAGCUGGAGGGGACACUCAGGGAGAGGUUCCUGUCCACGCCGCCUGCUUUUCGCAAGUCUGCCAAGGUCUGUAGCUUCUUCCUGUCGGACUCGUCCAGCCCAGGCUGCAGCCAUUGUGAGUACCUACAGGCCGUCUCCAUGGUAAAGCGGGCCGGAGCUGGUCCCAAGGGACACCUGCUCUCGCGUCAGCCGCUUAAUGAAACGGUGUACGGGCUCGACCCCGGCGCUACAUGCAUAUGCAGGGUCCCGGUCCUUAAUGAAACGGCGUACGGCUCGACCCCGGCGCUACAUGCUAAUGCAGGGUCCCGGUCCUUAAUGAAACUGCGUACGGCUCGACCCCGGCGCUACAUGCAUAUGCAGGGUCCCGGUACGGCACCCCCCCUGGGGAAGCCUGCCACAGCAGGCGAGCACUUCGUGGAGGACGGUUCCGAGGCCUCUCGAGCCAGGAGGAAGGAAUCGCGCAGUCCCACGCCGCUAAGGCUGAAGGACCAAGUGCUUCUAGACACAGAAACGCAACCUGUAGGAGGCGGUGUGACAGCCAUGCUCACUCUGCUCAUGAGUUCCUCUCUCCGCCCCCCACCAGAUAUGGAGUCUUUCAUUCUUGGGUACCGCAAGAAGCCUGGCAGCAGGAGCCCGAGCCUCGGACUCCAGGGUGUAAGGAGCCCACAGACUGACAGUCGGAGACCCCCCCACCCAGAGCUGAACGGAGUGACAGACUGGAGGAGGAAGAAUCCUGUGCAGAAGUCUGGCCCGGAUCCCUGUGGGGCAGGACCACAGAAGCACCCCAGCGAUGAGAAACGGAGCGGGCCGCCCGCCAUCAAGAGCAAAGCGAGAGCUUCGGCAGCAGACAGGGAGAAGCUGAAGAAGCCAGAGGCCAGGGCGGCUUCUACCUCUAAUGGGGUGGGCAGACCGGGCCCUCCGCAGCUCACGCGGCAGACGGGCAGCAAAGGGCUGGGCCCCGAUGCGUACGGCGAGACGUCCUCGGAGAGCUACAGCCCCCCCUCCAGUCCGCAGCAUGAUGGGAGGGAGAGCCUGGAGAGCGAGGACGAGAAGGACAGAGAAACAGACAGUAACUCCGACGACUCCAGUAAAGGCAGAGCAGACAGCUUCCUGCUCAGCAGUAAGCCUGUAGGGGGCGCCGUCGUGGCCACCGUGCGACCCAUGCUGCCCGGAGCGCAGCGGGACGGACCCCCAGCCCCUCCAGAGCUCUCCCCGAUGGCCUUCAUGCAGCCUGUGGCAUUUGUGGUGCCAAACGGCACCAGCAGGACAGAGAAGCCAGCUGGAGGUGUGAUGGUGCCGCUGCCUGCCGCCUUCCGCGAGCCCCUCGCCACAGGCCCCCUAGGGGACGUCGAGAAGCAUCCGCCGGCACCCCCCUCACAGCUGGGCCUGCCGGCCCCCGCCAGCCCAGCCACCCAGCCCCUGGUUCAGCGGUUCAAGAUGGCCCCCGUCCCCAGCCCCGCUCCUGGCCCACCGAACUCGGAGGGCGGGGCCUCCGCCACAGUACACCAGCCACCAAUGGGCGCCAUCAGCGUGAUCCCGCCCAGCCCCGCCUACGUGUCCCCCCUGCAGGCGGCAUUCCCCAGCACCGAACCUUCCUUGCCGGAGCUCCAUCCCAAAGCCCCAGGGAUAUCUCUGCCCUCCGCCCUGCCCUCGUCCUACAGCCUCGCCGCCCCCACGCUUGCCGGGCCCCCGGCUUCCUCGGCCACCUCCACGCCGGGCCAGUCGCAGGCCGCCACGGUGCCCACGCAUGUUCCUGGCCCCGCCCCCACGCCGAACCCCGCCCUGACGCACAGCCCCGCCCCUCAGCCGCCACAGCCCGGCCCUCCUCAGCCAGCCGGCUGCAGUGCCUGCGGUUGCCGUGGCAGCUGCGGAAACAUGCACCCGCCCAGCUACUGCUAUGCACCCCAGAUGGCGCGGCAGGCUUUCAGCAUGCAGCCCUUCCUGCACCUGACGUCGCUCUGUGCGGCGGGGGGCGGGGCCUACCUCAGCCAGGGGGGCGGGAGCACCGGCGCCACCCAGCUGCCCUUCUUCCCGGCGGCGCCUUCGCCCUACGGCGGCGGGCCGCUGCUGCACACGCCCUCCGAGCCCGUGCUGGGGGCCCAGGCCGGCUACGGCCUGCAGCACCUGGCCGCCUUCGGCCGCUUUUACCAGCCGCUCUUCCCGUCGGUGGGGGUGCUGCCCGGCCUGAAGAAGGGCGCCGGCGCGUCCUGCUACAACUGUGGGGUCAGUGGGCACUAUGCACAGGACUGCAAACAGCCCUCCAUUGACGCAGCGCAGCAAGGUGGCUUUCGGCUGAAGAUCGUCGGCCCUCAUGCUUCUGACGGACUGGACAAAGCCGACUGAAGAUCACUGCAGCUCCGGUUCAGCCACAAAAAAAUAUUCCAGAGGCCUGUAAUUUUUAAGGGUCCGUUUUUUUUUGUUUUUAAAUCCUACCACCUUUUAGAAUGUGCUUUGGGGGUUUGGAGAACCUGUAAAAAUGUUGUGCCUGAAACUCGCCUCUGCCAAGGUGAGAGGAAGCCCUCGCUGAUGGCGGACUCUCCUCCGCUGACGGUGGACUCUCCUCCCCGGACUCUGGGACUUUGCACUGAAGACCGGCGAGUGACACCUGACAUCUGUUUACAAAGUUAUUUUCUUAAAUUGUAAAAAUCACCAUGUCUCUUAAAGGAGUAUGAAGGCCUGGAGAUUUGAUCUUAUUCAGGGGGUGCAGGGAAAUUCUAUUAGGGUUUGGUUUGUGCGGGGGAGACUUUUAUCAUUGUAUAUGUCUGCUUCCUGUUCUCCGGUUCUUUCUGUAUGAACAACUUGCAGUCUUGGUGUCUCUCUGCAGGUCCGAUGUCAGCUCAUAGUUCAGACAGAUUUCAUUAACAUCUCAAUGCACAAUUUACUUAUAAAAAAAAGAGAAAAACUCUAAAACAGAACCAUAAUUGACUGUGUUGUAUCUGUGCCUCUGCCUUGGGUUAGAUUACAGAUGCGGAUGUUUAAAAGGUGGAAAUGCAAAGGAUUUUUCCAUGAGGGAAGGAAAACUAUCAAGGACUGUUACAGCAGCUAAUUGUCUAAAAAUGCAACUUUUAUAUUUAUUUAAAGUACAAUGUGUAAAUGUUUAAGAAUAUGGUUUGUAUGGACAUUUUUGCAUACCGCACACAUUUCCUGUGUUUCUGAAUUUCUUUGGAAACAGUUUUGAAUGUACAAUGUUUUAUUUGAAUUUCAUACUUUUCUGGCAGUUUCUUGAUGUUACAAAGUAAUUGUUUCAAAAGCAUCUGCAACUUGAUAAAAUGUGAAGCGUAUAAUAAGGAGUUAAUCGUCAUGUGUACGUCACGUCAUUACGUUUAAUGCUGCUCUGUUGUUAUUGUCAAUAUGCACUAUAGCUACUUGGAGUUAAUCCCCUUGGUCCGUAAGUGCACUGAGGCAGCGCUGCUCGGUGUGGGGGCGCCGCUGCCUACACACUUCGCCGUUAUGCAUUCAGUAUACCUUUUGGACAUUAUGCACUCCCGAUGUGGCCAGAAGAGGGCGUAGUUCAGAGGCGUCAUUGCUUACACUGCAACGUUGAUUGGGAAGUGGUUGAUUUCCAUGCGAGCGUAUUGCAGUUUCUGUGGCGAGCCGACCGUAGCUUCUGUUGUGGUCACCCUGGAUGCAAAUUAGAUUAUUAUUCUCUUUUUGUUCUUUUCGUUUCUUCCCUCCAGCGGCAGAGGGAGGCCGCUCUGUCCGGCAUGCUUUGUGUACUUAUGCACGUGUUCACAUAUGUAGAGGCACACACACUAAAGCAUAAGACACGUCCAGGCUGGAGAGGAUUUCUGAAAUUUGCAGGAACAUUCGAGAAGCACAUCUGUGUUUACUCUGUGGUGGGGAAUAUACGCGUCCUGUUUGCUUGAUUCCAGCCAGUUCCAAGAAAAUUGGAUUUUCAGUUUUCUUUCUUUCUUGGAGGUCUCUGACCGAUUGUCAGAGAGAACUUUAUCCUUAGUUUCUUUAAAAUGGUGAAAAUGGUUUUAAAAGUAUUUAACACUCCGAGUUGCGCGUAGAAGUCCUUCCUUUUGUAAUGGCGAAAACGAUAUCAUUUAUAUUGACGUAAAAUGAACAGUGGGUGAUGUGGAAUUUAUUUUGAUUAAAAUCGCAGUUAAUGCAUAAAAAAUAAGGAAGAAUAAAUGUGGAUUAGGUAUUUGAGCUGAGUGACCUACGUGAUCAUAUAGACUACAUCGGAACCUCCCGUUUGUUAAAUUUCUACAAAGGAUUGAAAUGCUGUGUUACUAGGAGGGCAUAUUACCUCCAGUCUGUUUACUGUACUUUGAUAUUUAAAUGUUGUGUACUAAUUAGUAAGGUAAAUAUUUCUAAAGCAAAGUUGACUUUUAUGCAAAUUGAUCCCCUCCCCCAAGAUUUUUUCAGCAAUAAAUAAAAUUUAUCACA